GCCAGGUGUGAGAAGGACGUCCGCACUAAUGUCAUAAGAGAAGAGGACUACUUUCCCGUAUGUGGUUAUGAUCAGCAGUUAAAUGUAGUCUACAGAGUACCUCGACACCGAGUUGAUGAGUGAGGGGACUUAGCGUGACCAUUUGUGCCAGGAUGAGGAGAGAUCUUGGGUUGGUACUGCUCUUGCUGUUGUCUGCAGCUGUAGAGUCCAACAGCAUGUCUCCACCAGGGAAACCUGUCCUAGUUGGCUGCAGGUCUCCUGAGAAAGAGACAUUUACCUGCUGGUGGGAGCCGGGCUCUGACGGAGGACUGCCAACUAUGCAUCGCCUCUAUUACGAGACAGAAAGAUUAGAGGGAGUAUUCGAGUGUCCAGACUAUCUGUCAGCAGGAAGGAACUCCUGUUUCUUUGACAAGAACCAUACCGCCAUUUGGGUCUAUUACUACCUGACAGUGGUGGCCUCUAAUGCCCUUGGGAAUGCCACUUCAGACCCCUUUAAGAUAGAUGUGGUGGAAAUUGUGAAGCCCAAUCCUCCUGAAAAUGUAACGCUGCUGUUGGAGGGGAAAGAGGACAGUUCAUAUCUUCAUGUCAGUUGGGAGCGCCCCUAUAACACAGACACCAAGUCUGGCUGGGUUACCAUUAAAUAUCAACUGAGAGUCAAACAAGAAAACAGCAACCAGUGGAAGGAGUACAUGUCAGGUACACAAAAACAUUUCAACCUGUACAGCAUCAGUCCUGGUGUGAUGUAUAUGGUUAAGGUGCGCUGUAGGCUAGACCACGGCUUUUGGAGUGAGUGGACCAACACUACAUAUGUGAAGGUCCCUAACUAUCUUCAAAAUGAGAGACCGUUUUGGAUAUUGGUUUCCACCCUCUCUACAAUUCCAUUUAUAGCAGCAGCGUGCGUUUUGGUCAUGAAGAGGAAAUAUGUGAAGCAGUAUGUUCUCCCCCCAGUUCCUGGUCCAAAGAUUAGAGGAGUAGAUUUUCAACUUCUCAAGAGUGGGCGAUCUGAGGACGUCAUCAGUGCCUUUAUCAUCAACCAGAACUUUUCUCUUACGAUGGGCUCUAAGGACCAGAUAGAGGAGUACUUAAUUGUGACCGAAAAUGAAAAUGGGAUAGCAGAUCCAUCCAAUUCUCAAAAAAGGAAGAAAAGCUUGAUUAUUCCUGGUUUCUGCUUAGACUCGGAAACCCAGUGUAAGGGUUCAACCCCCAUCCUAAAUGACUGUGAGAAGUCUGGGGAAACAAAUCAGGAAAUAGAUAAUUAUGUAAAGAGCAACAAGUCUUUAUCUAUCAUGACACCAUCCCAGCUGCCUGCUCAGGAACAGCAAUGUAACUUUGUUAACACAGAAGCAACAGGACAGCAAACAUUGAAUUAUGAUAACACCAUCCAACCCUUCGCAAACAGCUCUUAUGUGGAUAUUCAGAGACAUAUGGAAAACAUCCAGGAGGUGGAUGUGAAACAGGUGGACUACCGCAGAGUGAAAGAGGUGAAUGGUGACAAUAUUCUUAUCCUCCCACUCAACAGCUCUGGCUGCAUCGAUGUUCAGAGACCAAAGGACAACAUAUCAGAGGACUACAGCAAGGUGAAAGUGGUGGACAGUGACAAUAUGGUCUUCCUGCAGAAAGAAAAAGUGUCAGUUGACACUUCCUGUAGAGAGAAGGGUAUCCAUUACACCAAUUUUGCUCUUCAAAAGCCAAUAAAUACUAGUAAAGUGGAAGUGUGCACAGAAGUCAUCAAUAGUGAAUAUGUCGAUACUUUCUCUGCACCACCUUUAAUAUAGUUUUUGUUUGUUUUAUAUGCAAUGUCCAAAUCUAAAAGUUCCCAGUGAUUUAUUGCUUAGAGUUAGAAAAAGGUUAAAUAUCUACUAUCUAAUAUACGUUUUUCUUAUAUUUGUCAUUAUUUUGUGAUUAUUCUGGGUAUAAACAUUCAUGGUUGCCAGAGGAUGAAUCAUACAGACUUCUGUGAUCCGUUGAACUUUACUCCAGCACGACCAUGAGGUUGAUGUUUUUAUUGAAAUAUCUUGACAUCUGUUGGAUUGCUGCUGUGAAAUUUGCAACAUAUAAAUUAUAAUGACAGACAAUGAUUGUACUACUUGUAUGUUAAAACUGCUUAACAUGUCCCUGAUGGACUGGCACACAGUUUUGUCCUAACAUUCAUGGUUCCUAGGUGAUGUAUCCUACCUACUUACUAAUUUUUCUUUUAGCACAAUGUGCAGGCUGCCUUUUAUGGUUUCAAGUGGAAUGUCUCAAUAAAUAUGACAUGGAUAAUGAUGA